GUCGGUGGGGGACGGGCCUGGGGAAGAUGAAGACCUGCCUGGUGCCCGGGCUGGCCCUCUGCCUCCUCCUGGGGCCUCUGGCAGGGGCCAAGCCGGUGCCGGAGGAAGGAGACCCCUACGCGGAGCUGCCGGCCAUGCCCUACUGGCCUUUCUCCACGUCCGACUUCUGGAACUACGUGCAACACUUCCAGGCCCUGGGGGCCUACCCCCAGCUGGAGGACAUGGCCCGCACCUUCUUCGCCCACUUCCCGCUGGGGACCACCCUGGGCUUCCACGUCCCCUACAGGGAGGAGUGAGCAUCCGGGGCAGGGGGGCCCCCACCCCGUGGGAGUCAGGCCGGCCUCGUACUGAAUAAA